UUCGUUUUUUUCCUUGGUUAUUAAAGCAAGAAGAAGCGUGUACUCAACUGCCAAACUCUCUCUCUCUCUCUCUCUCUCUAGAUUUUGCAAGCAUCUCCUGAAUACUUGGAGAAGACUGAGCAUUCCACAAAGCAUCGCAACUCUAAUGACACUUGGCUGCUCACUUUAGAGAAUUCAGUUGUGGGUAUGGAAGUACUCUCAUACAGUUCUGCACCAUGCUGUGAUGCUGUUAAUUUAAGGUGGAAAUUGAUUGUGAAAAGCACAAGUUCGCAUCAAUUCAGUCUCCCAGGUUUUAGAAAAAACCGAGUUUUCAGUGCUAAAUUUGAUGUCAGAAGGAAGUUUUUGAGCUAUUACAAUUUAGAUCAGGCUUUCUUGAAGCAACUAAAUCACCAAGGAGGUUUUAGGUCAUUAAACACCAGUGAAAACUUCAAACAUGUUGGUCAAAUUUUAUCAAAUGGAAGCUCUGAUGGCUAUGUAAUUGGAGGGGAAGAGGAUGCAAGUAUUUCAGAAACAGGGGAACCAGGAACUAAAGUUUUGAUUCCUGGUCUACCAGAUGAAUCCAAAGGCGAAUCGGGUGCCACAGUAAGUAGUUGCUUUUGGGAAUGGAAGCCCAAAUUCAAUGUGCAUUAUGAGAAAGCUGGAUGUGAAAACUUAGGCUCCCCUCCAGUGCUGCUUCUGCCUGGUUUUGGGGUUGGUUCCUUUCACUAUGAGAAGCAACUGAAGGAUUUGGGGCUUGAUUUUAGAGUAUGGGCAAUUGAUUUCCUCGGGCAGGGUAGGUCAUUGCCAUUUGAAGACCCUGCCCCUCGUAAUGAGGAAGAAGGUGUGCCAGAGACGAAAGAUUUGUUGUGGGGUUUUGGAGAGAAAUCUGAACCAUGGGCAAGCGAGCUCGUCUACUCUAUUGAUUUAUGGCAAGAUCAAGUUCGUUACUUCAUAGAAGAGGUGAUCGGUGAACCUGUCUACAUUGCAGGGAACUCACUAGGAGGAUUUGUUGCUUUAUAUUUUGCUGCAUGUAACCCUCAUUUGGUGAAAGGUGUCACAUUGUUAAAUGCAACUCCUUUCUGGGGAUUUCUACCUAAUCCCACAAGAUCUCCAAGAUUAUCAAAAAUAUUCCCGUCGGCAGGAUCCUUUCCUUUACCUCCCACUGUGAGAAAGCUCACAGAAAUAGUUUGGCAGAAAAUAAGUGAUCCUAGGAGUAUAGCGGAGGUACUUAAACAAGUUUAUGCAGAUCAUUCAACAAAUGUCGACAAAGUAUUUUCUCGUAUACUUGAGACAUCAGAACAUCCAGCUGCUGCUGCAUCUUUUGCCUCAAUUAUGUUGGCUCCUCAAGGACAACUAUCAUUUAGGGAUGCUUUAUCCAGAUGUCACAUGAACAAUGUACCAAUUUGUCUUAUGUAUGGAAAAGAAGACCCCUGGGUGAAACCUUUAUGGGGCCUUCAGGUGAAGCAGCAGGUGCCUGAAGCUCCAUAUUAUGAGAUCAGUCCAGCUGGCCACUGUCCUCAUGAUGAAGUUCCUGAGGUUGUGAAUUACUUAUUACGUGGGUGGAUUAAAAACCUGGAGACUCGGGGCUUAGUAGCAUUGCCUUUGCUGGAUGCCCCAGAAGCUAUGCAGAACAACAUUGCCAGGGACUUGGAGUUUGUCAGAGACGGAGCGAAAAAGGUAGUAAACGUACGCUUCUUCGCAUCCAAGGUCUCGGUUUGGGAUUUUAUCAGUUCUUAUAUCAUAUCUCGCCUUAGGAAAUUAGAGCUCAAAUCAUGAAAAUGUACUGAAGAAGCCUUUCUUCAAAGAUAAUGUAGAUAUUGAAAUUUCAUGUAAAAUACAAUGACUACAAACAUAUUUAACCCAUCCACUUAACAGAUCCUAACAUCAUAUUUAUAAAUUGUAAACCUUGGGCAAUUAGUGAUAAUUUGACUAGAUUUUUUCCUUA